AUGGAAAGCAAGAAAACAGGCCAUGUCCUCAGGCUUGAUCUUCGUAAUCCAACAUUCUUCGAUGAGGAAAGAUUCUACGAUGACAGUGAUUAUGCAACAAAUUACAGCAGAACUUGCUUAAGAAGUAAGAUGAGUCGUUCUCUACGCAAUUUGAAGCAUUUGUGCUACAUGGACUUGAGCAUGAACAACUUUUCAGGAAUCGAAAUUCCAGAAUGCUUAGGCUUCCUUCAAAAUUUGAGGUAUCUUAACUUCUCUCUUUCAAAUUUCAGAGGAAAUAUUCCACAUCAUCUAGGAAAUCUCUGGAGCUUGCGUUACCUCGACCUUAAUGAUUUUCGGGAAAAUGCAUUGAUGGUUGAUAGUCUAUGGUGGGUGAUGAUACUCAGAAUGAUUCCCGAGCUGGAGCUCAGGAACGGAGGUCAGGUAAGCUGA